GGGCUGCGGGCUGCGGCGGGAUGGGCGCUCUCCGGGCUGGCGCCCUCGCCUUCCUCCUCCUCCUCCUCCUCGGCUGCCUCCUGCCCCGGCGCGGCCCGCUCAGGCUGGUCUCAGGGCGGGAGGAGAUUAAAGCUGCUUCCCGAAGCCUGCCCCAGCCCAUGUCACCCUCUGAUUUCCUGGACAAGCUUAUGGGACGAACAUCGGGGUAUGAUGCCCGGAUUCGACCCAACUUCAAAGGUCCGCCUGUCAACGUGACGUGUAACAUCUUCAUCAACAGCUUCGGCUCCGUCACCGAGACCACCAUGGACUACCGGGUGAAUGUCUUCCUGCGGCAGCAGUGGAACGACCCUCGCCUGGCUUACCGCGAGUACCCUGACGACUCCCUCGACCUUGACCCCUCCAUGCUCGACUCCAUCUGGAAGCCAGACUUGUUCUUUGCCAACGAGAAAGGGGCCAAUUUCCAUGAGGUCACCACCGACAACAAGCUGCUGCGCAUCUUCAAGAAUGGCAAUGUGCUAUACAGCAUUAGGCUGACACUGAUCCUGUCCUGCCCCAUGGACCUCAAGAACUUCCCCAUGGACAUCCAGACGUGUACCAUGCAGUUGGAGAGCUUUGGCUACACCAUGAAUGACCUCAUCUUUGAGUGGCUGGAGGAGCAGGAGGCCGUGCAGGUGGCAGAGGGCUUGACGCUCCCGCAAUUCAUCCUUAGGGAUGAGAAGGAUCUGGGCUACUGCACCAAGCAUUACAACACAGGCAAGUUCACCUGCAUCGAGGUGAAGUUCCACCUGGAGAGGCAGAUGGGUUACUACCUGAUCCAGAUGUACAUCCCCAGCCUGCUCAUCGUCAUCCUCUCCUGGGUCUCCUUCUGGAUCAACAUGGAUGCGGCGCCGGCCCGGGUGGGCUUGGGCAUCACCACUGUGCUCACCAUGACCACGCAGAGCGCCGGCUCCCGUGCCUCCCUGCCCAAGGUCUCCUAUGUGAAGGCCAUCGACAUCUGGAUGGCUGUGUGCCUGCUCUUUGUCUUUGCCGCCUUGUUGGAGUACGCAACCGUCAACUUCAUCUCCCGCCAGCACAAGGAGUUUAUGCGCCUGCGCCGGCGCCAGCGGCGGCAGAGGAUGGAGGAAGAGCUUGUCCGUGAGAGCCGCUUCUACUUGCGAGGCUACGGGCUGGGCCACUGCCUGCAGCCGAAGGAUGGGGCUGGGGAGGGCCCUGGCAUCUACAGCACCCCCCCGGCCGGCAUGCUGCUGCGGGAAGGGGAGAGCCUCCGCAGGUGUUACACCGACCGGGCCAAGCGCAUUGACACCAUCUCCCGAGCCGUCUUCCCCUUCACCUUCCUGGUCUUCAAUAUCUUGUACUGGGUCAUCUACAAAGUGCUGCGCUCGGAGGACAUCCACUCAGUGCCCUGAAGCCUGGAAAAGCAUGACUGCUUCUUGGUCUGACCCCCCCCAGGGCACCCAGCGCCACAAGCUCAGCCAGAACAACAUUUCCCUCUGUCCUGGAGCAGUGGCACAGCCGGGCUGGGCCUCGGAGCCUGGACAUGUGGCAGCCCUCAUGUCCCUUUGGAUGCCAGGGCACCGAGGUGAGGGAUCAAGAACCUCAGGUCCCCAUGGUCAGUUGGAGAGAGGGGCCCCUCCUGCCUCCUGCACGGUGUCACCCCCGAGUACCCAGGGAUGCUGCGCUGCCAGGGGAGCCCCAGGUACCCAGGGAUGCUGCACAGCUGGUGGCCAGGGAACACCACACUCCAGCCAAACACCCUCCACCUCUCUGCACCUUCCACAUCAGGCUGCUGCUUCUCCAGGCUACAUCACCAAGCCAUAGGCCAUGAGCAGCCGGGCGAGAGGCUGCAGUCCCCUCUCCUCCCCUGGCCUGGAGCUCAGUUGCAGGAAACAGCAGGCGGCACCCAUGACUGUGCCCAGACCGCGUGGGGUGCUGCUAUGGCCCAAUAGCCCCCAGCCCAGCAACAGACAGGGCCCCUCCAGCCCCCCAGCCAGCUCCAACACACAGGAAAGCAGUGGGUCAGGGAUGCUUCCCUCCCUGCAAGAGCCCAGAGCUGCCCACCAUACCCCUGGGCAGGAGGCUCCAUUUCCGCUGGGAAAACGCCGAGAGCAAAGGGGCACAAACAGCCAUUGCAGCUGCAGACGGGAGCCACUCGGCAUUGGGGAGCUGGCACUGCACUACCUGCUAGUAGGGUCCACAGCCCAUCUUCGGGAUGAAAGUAGCGGGAGCGGUUUGGCGGAUCCCUUUGGGGGAGCAGAGUGGUGGCACCCCCAGACUGCUGCAUCCCCCUGGCCUCACGGUGCCAGCAGAGAGCUGAAGGUGAAAACUGUCCCGUUCCCCAGCGUUGUCCCCACCCUGUUGCCCAGGCAUGGCAUCCCCUGGGCAGGCUCACCCCUCCUGCUCCUCCACUGGACAGGAGAGCAUCCAAAACCUCAACAGGACAAGCUCAGCAAGGCUUACAUCCCUCCAGCCCUGGAUAUCCUCCGUGCUUAGUGGGAAAUAAAAGCAGUAGGUGAUGUUUA